AUGAAGUCACGCUAUUUUUCAUGCAUUACACCCUUCAUAAAUAAGUCUGACAUUGACUUGACAAGGUAUGGAAUUUACAAUUCAAUUGAAACAAUUGUCAAUGAACCUUGUAUUCUUACAUGUCUCAGGAACUCUGGUCUUGUUACAGAUGAGAAGAUGAAGUAUCUUGAGUCAUGUGUGAAGACAAGGUACAUUCUCAGAGGUCAAUUGGCAAAAAUUGCACCGUUGGCAAAUGUCAAUAUCCGAGUCAACAUACCUACAGCUAAAGGUUCUUCACAUGACGACUAUGUUGUUGACAAAGACUUACCAUGGUUGAAGAUUGUAAUUGUCCACAACCACUUCAUGUUGAACGAAAGUCUUACAAACCCAUUCUUUGGUAAAAGUAAGUGCAACAUUGUCAGAGCUGUAAACAUUCUUUUCGAGAAAGGUUUGUUGGAACCAAUUCCAGAUGACAAGCUUACAGAAAGUUUUGUACCAAAAGACGAAACAAACUUUUCAUUGUUAGCAAGACCAAAAGUUGUUCCAGACAAAGUUCUAGUACAAAAGAAGUACACAGUUCCACAGGGGGUUGGUAUGUUCGGAUACCAACCUGAACCAGAAGAACUUCCAAUGAGGUUGCAAGAACUUCAAGAUGCUAUAAACAAACUUCCAUUGAGACAUCCAAUUGACGUCAAAUUGUAUUGGAGAGCAUCUGAGUUAGGUCAGAAGGUUUUAUAUGAAACAGGUUGCUUCGACGAUGUUUAUGAGAUAACAGGAGAAGUUUCUCAGAAGAUAA